UCAGACCGAGCCUUCUGCAGUCUGUAGUCCUUUCCUUACCCGGAAGUGUAUCGGGUGUCAGUUCCAUACGUGCCCUUGCCUGGCAGCUUGGCAGGAUCUUUAUGUGAGGGAAAUACAGGGGGUUAGUCCCCGUCGCCCAAAAUGUUGCGGGCUGCCUGCAUUGUUUGCCGAGGACUGGUAAAGAAGCAUUCAUUAAAUGAUGCCAAAAUACCUGUACGAAGCCUACAUUUUCAGAGAAGUUGCCCUUCCCAUUUUUCAAGCUUGAAGAUUCACAUGCCUUUACCAAGUACAUCAGCACAAUGGUACUCCUCUCUCUCUCGCCUCCCUCCAAGAAAAAGCAGGCUUUUCCCUGUGAGCUAUGGAUUUCAUGCUAAACGCAACUUUUGGGUAGCAAGGUUGGCAUCCAGAUUAUUAAAACUGCGUUAUCUUCUGCUAGGAUCUGCUGUUGGUGGUGGAUACACAGCAAAAAAGACAUAUGAUCAAUGGAAGGAAAUGUUCCCGGAUCUUAGUGAAUACAAGUGGAUAGUGCCUGACUUUAUUUGGGAGUUGGAUCAACACAUUAAUUUUGAUAAACUAAGUAAAGCCCUUCCUGAUGCUGAGGAGUUAUCCAAGCUUCUACCAGACCUUGAAAAGCUGGGAGAAAGCUUAAGUUUAUUAAUGGGAUGGUUUUCCGCAGAUAAACUAAGUAAAGCCCUUCCUGAUGCUGAGGAGUUAUCCAAGCUUCUACCAGACCUUGAAAAGCUGGGAGAAAGCUUUAGUUUAUUAAAGGGAUGGUUUUCCACAGAUAAACUAAGUAAAGCCCUUCCUGAUGCUGAUGAGUUAUCCAAGCUUCUACCGGACCUUGAAAAGCUGGGAGAAAGCUUGAGUUUAUUAAAGGGAUGGUUUUCUGCAGGUCACAAUUUGGUUAGUGAAGUCAUAGGACCUUCUGAUCUACUUCUGUUUUUAGGCCCAGGAGGGGAAACUGCUUUUAAAGCUAUGGACAGCCAGACCUUUGAGGCUUCUGAAAAACAGUACAAAAAGGGUUUGCUUGGUGAACUCAUACUAUUACAAGAGCAGAUAAAGCAACAUGAAGAAGAAGCUCGCAGGGCUGCUGGGAACAUUAACACGGGCACCUCACAACAACAUCGCAAGGUCUCAGACAAGGAUAAGAUAGAUCAGCUCCAAGAAGAACUUCUAAGAACCCAGCUGAAAUACCAACGCAUUCUUGAACGGCUUGAGAAAGAAAACAAAGAUCUUAGGAAGCUGGUGCUGCAAAAGGAUGAUAAGGGCAUUCAUCAGCGGAAACUAAAGAAAGCAUUGAUUGAUAUGUACUCUGAAGUAUUAGACAUACUAUCUGAUUAUGACGCCAACUACAACACACAGGACCAUUUACCAAGAGUAGUGGUGGUUGGAGAUCAGAGUGCUGGAAAGACCAGUGUCUUGGAGAUGAUUGCUCAGGCCCGGAUCUUUCCUCGUGGAUCUGGAGAAAUGAUGACUCGUUCUCCUGUAAAGGUUACUCUGAGUGAGGGUCCCCAUCAUGUAGCUAUGUUCAAGGACAGUUCACGGGAGUUUGACCUCACCAAGGAGGCAGAUUUGGCAGCACUGAGAGAUGAAAUAGAGGUCCGGAUGAGGAAAAGUGUAAAAAAUGGACAAACUGUUAGUCCAGAGACGAUCUCUUUAAGUGUGAAAGGCCCUGGGAUACAGAGAAUGGUGCUUGUUGAUCUACCUGGAGUCAUCAGUACUGUAACCUCUGGAAUGGCACCUGAUACUAAGGAGACUAUUUUCAAGAUUAGCAAAGCCUACAUGCAAAAUCCAAAUGCUAUUAUACUCUGCAUUCAAGAUGGUUCUGUGGAUGCAGAACGAAGCAUUGUGACAGACCUUGUAAGUCAGAUGGAUCCACAAGGAAGGCGCACUAUCUUUGUCUUAACUAAAGUAGAUCUUGCCGAGAAAAAUGUAGCAAGUCCUAAUCGUAUUCAACAAAUAAUCGAAGGCAAAUUGUUUCCAAUGAAGGCACUGGGUUACUUUGCUGUGGUCACAGGAAAAGGCAACAGCAAUGAAAGUAUUGACUCUAUUAAAGAUUAUGAAGAGGAGUUUUUUCAAGGAUCAUCACUUUUAAAAAAAGGCAUGCUUAAGGCUCACCAAGUGACAACCAAGAAUUUAAGUCUGGCUGUGUCUGACUGCUUUUGGAAAAUGGUCCGGGAGUCGAUAGAACAGCAAGCUGAUGCUUUUACAGCAACACGUUUUAAUCUUGAGACUGAAUGGAAGAACAAUUACCCACGGCUGCGUGAGCUUGACAGGAAUGAACUGUUUGAGAAAGCCAAGAAUGAAAUCCUUGAUGAGGUUAUCAGCCUUACCCAGGUUACACCAAGGCACUGGGAAGAGAUUCUUCAGAAGACUCUGUGGGAAAGAGUAUCUACUCAUGUUAUUGAGAACAUCUACCUCCCAGCAGCCCAGACUAUGAAUUCAGGCACUUUCAAUACCACCGUAGACAUAAAGCUGAAACAGUGGACUGACAAACAACUGCCUAAUAAAGCUGUAGAGGUUGCAUGGGAGACCCUUCAGCAAGAGUUCUCCCGCUUCAUGACUGAACAGAAAGGCAAAGAACAUGAUGACAUAUUUGACAAGCUUAAGGAGUCGGUGAAAGAGGAGAGCAUCAAGAGGCAUAAGUGGAAUGAGCAGGCAGAAGACAGUCUGCGUGUUAUCCAGCACAAUGCCUUAGAAGACCGUUCCAUAUCAGAUAAACAACAGUGGGAUGCAGCCAUUCAUUUUAUGGAAGAUACCUUACACAGCCGCUUGAACGAUACUGAUUCUGUUAUUCGGGACAUGGUGGGACCGGACUGGAAGGAGAGAUGGAUUUCUUGGACCUCCCGGGCUCCUGAACAGCACAUACGUAACGAAACUAAAAACGAACUAGAAAAAAUGUUAAAGGUUAACGAAGGCCAUCCUGCAUAUCUUGCUAACGAUGAAGUAACAACUGUAAGAAAAAAUCUGGAGGCCAGAGGAGUGGAAGUGGAUCCAGUUUUGAUAAAAGACACAUGGCACCAAGUUUACAGAAGGCAUUUCUUAAAAAGUGCUCUUGCUCAGUGCAACCUUUGCAGAAGAGGUUUCUUCUAUUAUCAAAGGCACUUUGUGGACUCAGAGUUGGAGUGCAAUGAUGUGGUCCUCUUCUGGAGAAUACAGAGGAUGCUGGGAAUAACUGCAAACACUCUGAGACAGCAGCUUAUUAAUACUGAAGUACGGCGUUUAGAGAAGAAUGUAAAAGAGGUAUUAGAAGACUUUGCCGAAGACGGUGAUAAAAAAGUAACCUUAUUAACCGGAAAGAGGGUCCAACUAGCAGAAGAUCUCAAAAAAGUUCGGGAAAUCCAGGAAAAACUUGAAGCUUUUAUUGAAGCCCUUCAUCAAGAGAAUUAGGAGAUGUCGCCUGACUAGGAAAAUACUCAGCAGCUCCAUACAAUUGGAUUUUCAGGAAUUUUCUACUCCAUUAACAGAACAUUUUGUGGAAUCUAAUCAGCCCAUGUUGCAACCUCUCCUUCAUCCAUUGCCUUCAGAAGAGGUGCCAGGCACAUGUCUAUAGGUUCAGUACGCAAUAUAAACAAUAUUUUGCUGCUGUGUUAUUUGUGUAUUAGAUGUAUUCAAUUAUUUUCCAAAAGCAAGCCGUAUAUGAUUUUAUCAGCUGUAUAUAUGUUACUUUUGAUAAAUUCCCUCAUGCUAGCGACAUUACAGACAUGUACAUUUACA